AUUUCUUCAUCUAAUUUUAGUUCAUCUACUAAAAAUGGCUUCAAAAUAUGCAAUAGUCAUUAUAGGACUCUUAGCUUUGGUUAUUAUUGUUCCUUCAAAGAUAGUUGCCAGAGAUUUUCUUCAGACUUUCUCUAGCUAUGAAGCAGGUAGUGGCAUUGCCAAGGAUAUAUUAGUUGGAGGCAACCCUGCUCAUGCCCCAAACCAAGCAUAUAGGGAAGAAAAAUCAGAAUCAAAUGUUGAAUUAGACGGAUUGGUUGAACAAAGUAAUAUGUCGGGCGUGGGAGGAAGUGUUGAUAAAAUUUGUGGGAGGCCUUGCUGCUUCUUUGGAGGGUGUUUAUGUUGCGACUUCCUGUCUUUCUUUAAUCCACUACCUGCGGGUAACUAAAGAAGAAUGUGUUGUUAGAAAUAAUAUAUGUUAUUGUUAAAAUAAGAUGUAGAUACUCCUCUGUGAUAGCCAUGUCUUUUGACUCAUUUUAGUCUAAAAUAAAAAAUUAAAAAAGUAGUAAAUUAAAAAAAAUGAAAGAUAAAUUAAAGAAAAAAUUGAAUAGAUCAACU